UAUAUAAAUAUUAUUAUUAUAUAUUGCUAAAUGUAUAGAGUUAAAGGGGAGGGGAAAGAAAAGGAAAAGAAAAAGAUGAGUUUUCACAGGUGGGUUGUAGUUCCAAGUUUGUUGUUGAGUAUUAGUGUCAUCGUCAUCUCGCAUAUAACCGGAGCGGCUGCGACGGCGGCGGCGGAGCAAAGGCGCUUCAACAAUACAAUCUCGGCGAUCUUAAUCUUCGGAGACUCGACCGUCGACUCCGGCAACAACAACUACAUUCUCACAAUCGCUAAGUGCAAUUUCCCACCUUACGGACGGGACUUUCUCGGCCACAUCCCCACCGGAAGGUUCUCUAAUGGCCGCCUCGUUACCGAUUUCAUCGCCUCGUAUAUGGGAGUGAAAGAGAACGUGCCGCCGUACUUAGACCAAAGCCUCGGCGUCGAGGAGCUCAUUACCGGCGUCUCAUUCGCCUCCGGCGGCACAGGAUACGACCCUUUUACUGCUAAAUCAAAUGGAGGUGUGAUUACUGUACAAAGGCAGCUUCAAUAUUUCAGAGAGUACAAGAAGAGACUGGAAAAUCUCAUCGGAAAGGAGCGGACAAAAUGGGUUGUAAGAAAUGCCGCCUUCUUUGUGAGCGCCGGCACUAAUGAUUUGAACAACUAUUUUGGCAACCCAUCGUUACGCUGCCAACAAUACACGCUUCCGGCCUACCAACAAUUCUUGAUUCAACUCGUGCAACAAUUUGUGCUGGGUUUAAUGGAGGAGGGAGCGCAGCGAAUCGGAGUGGUUGGGCUGCCGCCAAUCGGGUGUUUGCCGACAACGAUCACCAGGAAUUCCGGCAGCCCACUGUUUCACCGCCAUUGUCUCCAGACGUACUCCGCCGCCGCCAGAGACUACAACCAACUGCUCCAGAACAAACUGAAAACCAUGCAAAAUAAUGGUGCCCCGAAACUGGUCUACUUCGACAUCUACAACCCUCUGGAAGACAUGAUACAGAAUCCCAGAAAAUUUGGCUUCAAUGAAGUGAAUAGAGGGUGUUGUGGCAGUGGGCUAUUUGAACUUUCAGUUCUGUGCAAUCCAGAAUCCAUAGUCUGCUUAGAUGCAUCCAAAUAUAUGUUCUGGGACGCAGUGCAUCCAACUCAGGCCACAUACUAUCAGCUCUUCAAAGCUUUGGUUCCCUCCAUUGAUUAUAUCCUCAAAGGCUAGCAAAUGAAAGAGCCAUGGCGAUAUAUAGAACUGCAACAAUAAUUAAUUUGUUUGGGAUUUGGAUCACUGCUUAGCUUGUUUGUCAAAAAGGAAUUUCUUGAAAGACAGCAAGAGAGUGAAAGGCCUCAACUUUUGAGUUGCUUCAA